CGCUCAGCUCAGUUCUUUACUUCCAAUCGUCCCGGACAUAACACAACAGUGCUGUGACUGUGUUGUAAAAGUAAAUAGGUAAAAAAAAAAGUUAUAAUGUCAGCGUCCCCGAUAGCAAGACAAGCGACGCACAGCCAGGCGAUCCCUUCGCGGAGGGUGCUCAUCACAGACCCUUCGCAGAUGCCCGAUGUAUACUCCAGCACACCUGGAGGCACAGUCUACUCCACUACCCCUGGAGGAACCAGAAUAAUCUACGAGAAAUCCUUCAUGAUGUCUUUACGGCAGUCUCCGAUCUCACAGACACCACCGAAAUGUUCGCUACCGGCCGCUCUGCUAAAGAACCCAGGGUCGGUACCACACGCCACCACCCCUGUCAAGAACUCAAGGUCAAACUCCAUCUCCUUCGACGAGAGCCAGGAGACCUUCAGUAUGGAUCUCUAAAUAGAUGGAGCGUGUUGGUUAACUAGUGGGGUUAAACCUUUUGAAGCAAGUUCCUAUGUGGUGUAACCCUAUUAAUUGGGUUCUUUUGUCAGUUUUCAUCAAGACAGGAUUAUCGUUACUCGCUCAUCUGUCAAUAAUUUUAAAAAAAGCUCGGUAAAAUAAUUUAAAACCCAGCCCAGUGAUUAGUUAUCAAAAGCUUGAUACAUACAGAACCGGGAAAGCGGGUUAAGCCGGCCGGGGCGCGGGAUUUUGUUUGCGGUUCCAGCCGAACAAAACCUGGCCCGAUUGUUCCGUUUCUCCGAUUCCGUGUGGCAAAAAAGGUAAAAAAUCCAUAUCACUAGUUUUCCAAACAAAAAUGCUUGCAUCUACCUCUAGUUAUUAUUAACAUAAAUUGUAAGUAGGUUAAGCGUGACUGAACAUUUGCGUUCGAAACGCAGUCCUUUGCUACACCGCAAAAAAUAAAUUAAAAAACAAAAAAUAUUAUUAAAAUAAAAAAUAAAAAGCACAAAAUAUAUAAAUAAUAAAAAUAUAAUACGAAAAUUCUUAAUGGAAUGGAUGAGCAAGUGUGAAACCAAAUAAAAUAGGUGACGAGAAAAAUGUUUAGCGUCCUCUCUAGGUCAAAAUGGGAACUACUUAUAAUUUAAAUUUAGAAGAUGUUUAUGUGUCAAUAUUAUCGUAUUCCAAAGUGGUCUAUACUUACUACAAUUAUUACUUAAGUAAUCUAAUUGCAAUGACAAAAGCAAUAAAAUAUAUCACAAGACUGCUCAAAUAAAAACUUCAACUUGUGUAAUGUUAUCAAUUUUAUUUGAGUAGUUAGUUCCGUUUUCGGCCCAAAGAUGGCGCGAAUUUUUCAUUGUCAAAUUGUUGUUGUUAUAAAAAAGUGGCAAAGGACAUAAUUGUAAAUAUUUUAUUUUAUCUGCCUAUUAUAAUUGCGUUUGACGCACAUUUGUUUAGGUGCUGAGUAUUGCAUUCGUAUUUUUUAAAUUCUUGACUUAUGCAGUUACUAUUAAAUGCUAAAAAAUAUUCAAAAUUUAAUUGCUAUUUUUAAAAUAUUUGACAUUAUAAAUGAUCACAUAAUUAGGCAUUUAGGAGUAAACUGAUAGGCUGAAUACUUGGAAAUCAUGUUGAUAUUAGGUUAAGUACAAUUUUUAAAAUGAAUAGUUUAUAUCUAAUCGAAUUAAUAAUACUUACUUAAAACUAUUUAAAAAUAUAUUAAAUUAACUUUUCGCAAUGUUGAUAAUUUGAUAUUAAGAGAUCUUUCACUUUAAAUCAUACACACAUAAAAUCAUCGUGAAAAAUUCUUAUCGAAUCAGUUUUAGUAUUAUAUUUUGCAUGUGAUUUUCAAGUAUUUUGUUGUAGUCGACAAAAGCAAGUGCCAUGAAAAGAAGUUAAUUUUCAACAAUAAUUCUCUUCUCUGUGGCGGUUGCUGAAAUAAAGACUUUAUGUAAGUAAUCUCCCUUUUAUUGUUGCUUGAGUCGAGAUAUUACACGUAGAAUAAGAAUAGGUAUCUACUUAUUGGUCACACAAUGUUGAAAAUUGUAUUAAGGUAGCCGUUACACAGUCAGUCAGAUCACGAUCUAUGAUGUUCUUUUGUAUGGAUUGGGAGGUCACUAUUAGACUUUACCAAGCCUUUGACCGGCGAAGUAGUUACUGCAAUACAAUAUGCGGGUUAUCACGAAAUCAAAAAAGGCACAUCAAAAAAAGUAAAGAAUUUCAGCAAUCCUGGUGACUGUAUCAUUUAUUAUUAAGCCGUCGACUUACCUAUUUUAUUUUGAUUUUAAAAUCUCCGUAAGAUCGGUAGCUACCUCACAAUUUGAUGGACAAUGUGGAUCAUACAUCAAUCGUGAAAAUUUUGUUUGCAAUUUUGACUUACAGUGUAAUGGCUACCUAACUUUUUUAGUAAUAUUAAAUGAAAUGUAUGCAACGAAAAGUAUUUUAAAUAUUUUUCUGAGUAAUUGUAAAGUUCCAAAGCAUUUAUUAAAUACAAAAGUACAUGUUUGUUAGUAAUUAUAGUAUAUUCAAGACUCUCUAAUGAAUAUUGUUUGAUAUUUCUAUAGAGGAUGUUAGUGUGAGAGGAGUUAAGUGUUUAUAUUACAAUUUUCUUCGACUGCCAAUAUGAAAAAAUAAAGAAAAUGUUAAUUAAA